AUGUUAGCUUGGAAGAUUGUUCAUGACGCUCUUCCUUCCAUGGAGGUACUCUCCCAAAAAGGUAUUCCUGUAAAUUUAACUUGUGUUUUCUGUCACAAUUAUGUGGAAUCAAGGGAUCAUUUGUUUCAUGAUUGCCCCUUUAUUGGGUCUUUAUGGUAUUCUAUAGACUGGGGUUCUUUUCCUAAACCUGAUUCCCUGUUACCUUUCCUAGACUGGUUUAUGGGUAUUGUCUCUGGGCUUAGUUCGGCUAGGUUUUGGGCCAUUUUGGACUAUUUCUUUGGGGUCUGCUGGGCAAUUUGGUUAACAAGAAAUAAUGUUAGAUUCCGAUCCGCAGUUUAUUCGCCCAAUUCCGUCUUGGCUUUGGCCUUAGAUUGGAGCCUCAGAAGUCAGAAUGCUCGUAACCUCAAUUCUGAUUCGACGGGUAGGCCACCGGGUUUUCCGUCUCCUUCUACUACUUAUGCUCUUUGUGGUGCUCUGGAUGACAUUUGUGAGGUUUCUAUGCUUUUUGAUGGAGCUUGGGAUAGGAAGACUAACAAUGCUGGUACUGGCUGGUGUUUUUGUGUUUCUGAUUCGUCGCAACCGAUGGUUGGUGGUGCCAAGGCUUGUGUUGCUGGGUCGGCUCUUCAUUCUGAACUGCUUGCCUGUUUGUUUGGUCUUCAACAAGCUCGAUUGCGGGGUUUUACUCGUCUUUUACUUCUUGCCGACUGCUCUAUUAUUCCUACGUUAAUUUUGUGCCAGGAAGUGGAGGACAUAGCAGUAAUUUGGACUAUUCAGGAGAUUCGGAACACCUUGUCAGAUUUUACUACCUGUCUCAUUCGGAAGGUUCCGAGGUCUUCUAUUAGGGAGGCUCAUUCCCUAGCUGGAGCGACUCGUUGUAGAGAUCUUCUUUCCUUUGUUUUUUUAGUUGUUUUUUGUGUGUUCCCUUUGUAA